AUGUUCUUCUGCUUCAGGAUCAUCCGUGGCGUUUCAUGAGGGGCGAGUGCGGUUGUCUGGAGGGAGCGAGUGUCAGGGGGAGGUGGAGAUUUAUUUCAGGCAGGACUGGAGGAGAGUUCUCCUGGACUCGUGGAGUCUGUCUGAGGCGUCUGUGCUCUGCAGACAGCUGGGCUGUGGCUCCGUGCUGAACUACCGCUCCUCUCCAUCCACCACUGAACACAAACACAUGUGUGUAACGGGUUUCAGCUGCUCUGGGAGUGAAGCUCAUCUGGGGAACUGCAGCAGUGCACAACCUGUCAACUGCAGCUCCGGGGAACAGCUGUACAUCACCUGCUCAGGUAUCUUUAACCCCGCCCUCAGCUCCAUCAGGCUGGUUGGUUCUGGGGGAGACUGUGCAGGAAGGCUGGAGGUUUUCCACAGCGGCUCGUGGGGGACAGUGUGUGAUGACUCGUGGGAUAUUGAGGAUGCGCAGGUGGUGUGCAGACAGCUGCAGUGUGGAGUGGCCCUCAGUACCCACAUACCAGCCUGGUUUGGUCCUGGAACUGGGUCCAUAUGGCUGAAUGAGGUGGAGUGUGAGGGGAACGAGACGUCCCUGUGGAACUGCAGAUUUCAGCUGUGUGAAGAGGGUGAAUGUGGACACCAGGAGGACGUAGGAGUCGUGUGCUCAGAGUUUAAAGAGAUCCGACUCACGGAGGACUGUGAGGGGAAUCUGGAAGUGUUCUACAAUGGAACCUGGGGUAAUGUGUGUCACAAUCAGAUGGAUGAGGAGACAGUAAACAUGGUGUGUCGAGAGCUGAACUGUGGAAGACGUGGCAGUGUGUCAAACACUGAAGCACGAGUAAAAUCUGCUCCUGACUGGCUGGAUUAUCUGAAGUGUAGGAAACACGACUCUAAUCUGUGGCAGUGUCCAUCUUCACCCUGGGGACAGAACAGAUGUGAUAAUGGUGAUGAGGUGGCUCGUAUUACCUGCACAGAUGAUGGAAAGUCUCUACGUACACAAGAAAAGUGCUCUUCAUUUCCCUCUCAGAAACACUGCUCAAAGCACUGGUCUCUCAGGCUGAGUGGAGGAGAGGGAAGCUGCUCUGGGAGGUUGGAGGUGUAUCAUAACGCUACGUGGGGCUCCGUUUGUGAUGAUCAGUGGAACAUCAGGAACGCUCAGGUGGUGUGCAGACAGCUGGGCUGUGGGUCGGCGCUGAGUGCUGAUAGGAAUGUUAGUUCUGGUCCUGGUGAAGGGACUAUCUGGCUGAACAGAGUGAAGUGUCGAGGGGAUGAGAUUCACCUGUGGGACUGUCAUCAUUCCCUGAAGAAACACACUGACUGCUCUCCUGCUGGAGUCACCUGUGCAGGUCAGAGGCACGUGUCCACUACUACACCCAUCACCUCCACCACCACCACCACCACCACAUCAGUAAGAGCUCCUCCAAAUCCUCCAGCACCUAAAGCUCCACCCACCCCUCCACUGGUUCUCUUUGUGUUGGGAACGCUGCUCUUCCUGGCCUUAGUGCUUCUGCUGGUCCUGUUUUACCAGAACAGAGUGCUCAGGAGAGGAAGUCUCCUCUCUGAAGAACAGCAUUCUGGGUAUGAGCAUGUGGAUGAUGAGCUUCUCUCAGUAAAGUCUGGGACUGGAGAAAAGGCUGAGUAUUAUGAUGAUGUCAUCGACACCAGUGACUUCAUAAGUGAUACAGGAAGAGUUGACCCACCAGAGGACUACGAUGAUGCCGUCCCUGCUGGACCGAUCCCUGAUAACGUGGAUGGUGUGGUUCUGUUUUGGGAUUAG